CUCCAACAAGCACGUGUCUCGGCUCGUCUGCCCUUCGCCGUAACGCCGUCUCCAGCACCACCCAAAGCGAAUCCUCGGCAAUGGCGCCACUCCUCUCCCACGCGACCCCCCAAACCAUAGCACCAGUUCCACGCGGCCGCCACCGCCUCGCGCCCAAACCCCCCGCCGCCGCGGCGUUCAUCCGCGGCCUCUUCCCAUCCCGCCCGCCGCCGGCGAAGGCCGAUCUCCUCCGCCUCAUCGCCGACCAGCGCCGGGGCCUCGACACGCAGUCCGACCCCUCCCGCCUCGCCGACAUCGUCUCGUGCAUCGACGCGCUAGCCGCCUCUGCCCCAGGAGCCGAUACCGUCUCCGACGCCGCCAUGCUCUCCGGCACCUGGCGCCUCCUCUGGACCACCGAGCGGGAGCAGCUCUUCAUAGUGCGCAACGCCCGCGCGUUCCGCACCGCCGCCGGCGACGUGCUCCAGGUCAUCGACGUCCCCGGUGGGGGCCUCAACAACGUAAUCACCUUCCCGCCCUCCGGCGCAUUCGUCGUCAACGGCGACAUCGAGGUCCAGCCGCCCCAGCGAGUCAAUUUUAGGCAGGUUCACUCGCGCUGUGCUGAGAGGGAGCAAUUGGGAGGUCCCUUUUCCACCGUUUGGGAAAGGAUGGUUUGACACUAUCUAUUUGGAUGAUGAAAUCCGAGUAGCCAAGGACAUAAGAGGGGAUUAUUUGGUUGUUGAGCGUGCUCCAUAUUCUUGGAAUGGAUAGAUGCUGAAGUUCAAAGCUGAUCUUAUCCACUUACACUUCAUGUGAUGUGCCUAGGAACAAGAGAUGAUUUGGAGGACCUUAUGCUUUCCCAGCAAAGUCUCCAUGCCUCUUACUAUGACAUUUAUUUCCCUGUACAAUGUUAUGUUCGACAGGUAUUAUGUGGUAAGUUUGAUUCAUACUGUAAUUGCUGUAAGAUCGUCUCUGAAGAAAUUGGUUUAAGGAAGUUAAUAUUGUCCACAUAUGUUUUCCUAUGUGAAAGAACGCCAACCUUCUCUAAUAUGUGAGGUGGUUUGACGUGUGCUGAUGCCGUCCAUCAGGCUUUAGAAGGCUUUUGAAUGCAAUAUGAAAUGGUACAGAAGGAUCAACCACCCUUCUACUUUUUGAACUCAGUAUUGUAUUGUUAUGGCCCAUGAUAUCAUUGUCAUGAUGUAAUUAUGAGCAAUUCUAGUUUUCUUUUGUCAUGAUGUAAUUAUGGGCAAUUGUAGUUUUCUUUUGUUAGUUUUACUUUGCCCAUUGGUUUCAGCUUAAAAAGCUGGGCAGACCAAGCUUUAAGUAGUGGUUUUGUGCAUGUGGCAUUUCUUCUCAUGCAAUCAGGUCAAUGAAUAAGAUCAUCUAUGUAAGAACACUAUUGUGGUCUUGCUUUCUCUUAAAAUGGCUUUUCCUUUGUAUUGAUGAAGCUGUGGAGUCUAUGAUCUUCAAACCCAACUUUGCUUUGGGGAAAGUAGCAAAUAUAAUGGUGCAGGCUUAAUAUUGAGGAAAAUAAGAUACCAGAUCUAUAACCACUUGCUAACUGAUUCUAGGAGAGCGUCUCAGAUGUCUGAGGAUUUUUCCUGCCAGUUAACCACUUUGAUCUGAUGAGUUCAUGGUCGGGAUUGGACUCUAUCUUCUAGUAUAUUCCCUGUGGAGUCCAAAUGGAAUUUGCAGUGCAAUGGGUCUCAGCUACUCGUCAAAAGUUAUUUCCAGCCUGACUGCUCUCUGUUGUUGGUUCUUCCAUUUAAGAGAGGUCCGUUUUUAUGUGAUGGGCUGAUGGGACAUCACUACUAGUAUGGUAUUUGAGGUUCCAAGUCGCAGUCGCACAGCAUUGAGGCUUUAGGUGGACAGGUUGGACCAUGGCCCUGGGCCAGGCUAUAUAGUGGUGCAGCAUUUGCUCCUGCAAGAUUGUGUGGUGAUGGGUAUUUUGUGUAAGGGUAACAUGCUGGCUCACUGGCUAAUCAGCAGCUCCAGGCCCAGCACAGCAUUUCUUUUGGUAUGUUUGACCACCAUUUUGGGAUCUUUGGUAAAUGGCAGGUAUUGAUCUUCUUCUAAUAAGAAGUAAUUCUUUUGAAA